AUGGCGGAAUUAAAAUUCAGAAGGACAACAGCGAAUGAUUAUGAUGGCGUGGUGUCGAUACGCAAACACUUACCUGACGGCACGGACUACAUUCCCAGUCAAUACCACAAGCUUUUGGAAAGUAACACAGGAUUCGCCGGAUUUAUCGGUAAUCAAAUGGUUUGUUUCAUGUUCGCAGCAGUCAUUGAUGACGGAAAAAGUAUUCUCGUACAAUCAAUCCGUGUCAGAGAAGAAUACGAAGGAAUGGGAGUUUAUUCUCGAUUGAGAGCAUUUUGCAUCAAGGAUCUUUCCCGUAUUGCAAAGAAAGGUGUCUUCACGAUAAACUCGCCAGGUUAUUAUAAAAAACUUCUCCAAGGAUCGGCAAAACUGGUUUUCUUACGGCAUGCCAUGAAAUUCAAAACUACGAAGACGUCUCUCCAGUCGUUGCUCAGAUCUAGAAAUGUGUGCUCCGCUCUGGAAAAAGUUGAUGCGUCCUACUUAGAAAAGGUAUUCCUCACACAAUCUGCCACUCGGUAUCUGUUUCCGGAGAACAGAGUCGUCAUUAACUGGGGGCCAUACGAGAUUCUGUCGUCGAAUAUUGAGCGCAUUCUUAGAGGUAAUGAGAUGUUUGCCACCACUGUAUCCGAAAAGGAUUUAUCCUGUAAAAUCCUGUCACCGAUGAUUUCUGCAGUUACUGUCUUCCAAUGUGAAGCCGGCACUUUUGUUAAUCUUGAUUUGUUUGGGAAUAUAUGUGACGAGAUAAUUAUUUCAGACCAUGUAAAUACACAACUAGGGAGGUGCCUGGACAAGUGUGACGAAGUCAUCGUUAUGUACGUUACAUACCAGAAACAACAGAAUACCGAUAUUCUUCUACAGGUACUGUCAAAACUGAACUGGAGAAAGGUUGACGAGGUUGACAUGUAUGGCAUGGAAAAGCCGAUCUGAAUUAUGUUGCAUGAUAAGUUCAAUUAAAUGUCGUGGGAAGCCCUUCUGAAAUCGUUGAUAAGCCACGAAGACUUCAAUUGCAAUAUCCUAUAUUCUGAAAUAUAUAGAAAAAAUAUGGCUAUAUCAUUAUGGUCUUAAUCAGAUAUAUAGAUAUCAUAUAACAGGAAUUUUCAAUGAAGAAUGAAUGAUCUUCAUCAGAUAUGUAUAUUAGAUAAAGAAAAUAUAACAUUGAUGGUCCAUGAUCUUAA